UUGUGCUCUUUUCAUAUGACUGGAAAGAAGUGAGCAAGUUCUUCAGCCUGAAAUCCUUCAUACUUGGCGCCGUGGUGAAUUUUCUUCUGGUUUCGCAUGUUCUCUUUGUGAUUGAUGAAAAAGAGAAACAUCGUGAUGUCUUGUUCGUGUCUGUGGCAAUGUUUUAAAUAGCGGGCUACGGCAAAUAGCGGCGAGCCUCUAAAUCAGCUAUAGCGGGCUAUAGCGGCAUAUUUGUACAUGAUACCAUUUAGAGGCACCCUGCUGAAAAGGCUAUACCGAGGCUAUAGCGGGGCUAUAGCGGGCUAUUUAAAACUAUGGUCUGUGGUUGGAUUUUGCACCGCUACGGUCUACGCUUUCUUUCUUCUGGUACAUCGUGUGGUGAUGAAAAACAGUCGCUCCGCGCGGUACUUGAUGGUCCUCGUCCUGCUGUGCUUUGUUUUUGGUUGCCUUGGGUUGUUGAGUGGUAUAUUUGCAGAGUAUCAGAGUGAUGGCCAAUUCAUAAAUACUUUAGGUUUCAUAGUGGUUUUGUUACUGAAUGUUGCUAUUCUGCUACCAGCUGUGACUUGCAAGCCCAUACCUGACGACGAAGCUACCAUCUACACAGUGUUCAUGUCGGUCAUGAACGCCAUUGAUGCCUCCUUUUUUGUGUUUUACGCCGUCUGCCUCGGAAAGUUUGGCCGCUUUCUCGCGGUAAUCAGUUCCGUGAAUGCUGUGGGUGCACUUCUACAACUCCUUGCACUGAGUGUGAUUGCAAUACUGAAAGGGCUACGGAAGGGGUUGCGUAAGGUGCAGAACUGGUGUCGGUCAUGCGCUGCAAGCUGCCGUGACUUUCUUCGCCACCACAGGAAUUAGUGAACUGGGGCCAUGAGAGUUUAGCUGGAGUAGGAGAACUACUUUGCCGACGAAAACUAAUACGCUUGUCAUGUGAAACGAAGUUCUGUAAUAAUAUGACCACCUGACGAUCAGGAUAUGUCGCCGGUGUUCACUGUUUGCAGUUUUAUUCGUAGGCUUUAUUUCUCACUUUGUAGGAGACAAGUUAAUAGCGUAACGGCAGAACCAUAUAUGGGUCAUCCUUUCAAUGUUAGAAGCUGCAA